GGACUUAUCUUCUCAUAUCCCCACCAACGAGUCUCCACCUUAAGACCCCAAAAUACUGGAUAUCCUACCAAAUUUGCAGGCUGCAGCACUCAACACAGCCAUUCGUCGCCGGAGGAGAGAGCGAGCUCCCCGAUACUCUGAAUUACGACUCCAUUGACAAUGGCUUGCUCUGCGGCUACUUCAGUGGCUGCUCUCAUCUCUUCCAAUCCAAGAGCUUGCGUUGUUUCCAAAAAUUCCAUCUCUUCUCAAUCCAUUUCCCUUGCUUCCUCAUUCUCCGGCAGACCCUUCGUGUACCGUGUCCCCCGUGCCCUGUCUUCCAGCUCUUCUUCCAAACGACGCAGUUUGAUCGUCCGUGCCAGUGAACUUCCACUGGUUGGAAAUACAGCUCCAGAUUUCGAGGCAGAGGCUGUUUUUGAUCAGGAAUUUAUUAAGGUUAAACUCUCAGAGUAUAUAGGAAAGAAAUAUGUCAUUCUCUUUUUCUACCCACUGGACUUCACCUUUGUUUGUCCCACUGAGAUCACUGCUUUCAGUGACCGUUAUGAAGAAUUUCAGAAAUUGAACACAGAAGUACUAGGUGUAUCCAUAGACAGUGUGUUUUCUCACCUUGCGUGGGUCCAAACAGACAGAAAGUCUGGGGGUUUGGGCGAUUUGAAUUAUCCAUUAAUUUCUGAUGUGACCAAAUCAAUUUCAAAAUCAUAUGGUGUGCUGAUUCCGGAUCAGGGAAUUGCAUUAAGAGGGCUUUUCAUCAUCGACAAGGAGGGAGUUAUUCAACACUCCACUAUCAACAAUCUUGCAAUUGGCCGUAGUGUUGAUGAAACACUGAGAACGCUCCAGGCUUUGCAGUAUGUGCAAGAUAACCCUGAUGAAGUAUGCCCAGCUGGAUGGAAGCCUGGGGAGAAGUCCAUGAAACCGGAUCCUAAGCUCAGCAAGGAAUACUUUUCCGCAAUUUAAGCCGGAGCACGCUGAGCUUGAGAGCUACACUGGUGGUGUCAUUUGUUUGUUCAGAGAGGUGGUUGAAAGUUUUGUUAUCAUCAUGUAGCAAGUUUUCUACUAUUGAGUUUGACUAAUGUUAAGGUAAUUUGUUACCUCAACUUCUUGGGGUUUCUCGCAAUUACAGAAAAGUCCCUUAUUAAAUUAAAAUUGUAUUUACACCAUUUGAAGUUUGUAAAACCUUGCACAUCCAUCCAA